AUGAGCACGCUCGCAGAUUAUAUCGGACCAGAACUGGCCGGCGCGCUCCCUCCCGCAAACCAUGUCAAUCCGGAUACAGACGUUGUCACGGUGCUAGGCACAGAGAUAUCACUAACCAUUCUAAUGUUCAUUUUCGUCUGCAUGCGUUUCUACUCGCGACUCUUCAUCAACGGGCUCUUCGGCACUGACGACGCCGUCAUGGGCCUGGCAGCCAUCACCGCCAUCGGCCACACCAUCGUUACCUGUUUGGGGACCCGUCACGGACUCGGCUACCAUAUCUGGGACGUUGAUCCGGAGAAGAUACCAACGGGGUUCAAAUAUACGUUCACGAGCAUCUUGCUCUUCCAUCCGAUCUCGGCGUUGACGAAGAUCAGCGUCUGUUGUGGAUACCUCAGGCUUUUCCCUGGCACCGGGAACCUAUACUUCUGCUGGAUUAUGAUAGCUUAUAGCGCCAUGUGGGGGAUUGCCAGCUUUUUCUCUGUGCUUUUCAUGUGCACACCAAUAAACCUCUUCUGGAACCAACCUUUCAAUAUCCAACGCGAUUGCGUCGAUGUCCUGACGCUCCUAGUCGCCACGGCCGCACUCAACAGUCUAGGCGAUCUGCUUGUAUACCUGUGGCCGAUCAAGUUUCUCUUCAAGCUGCAGAUGCCGCUCAAGCACCGGCUAGGCCUGAUUCUGCUCUUCUCCUUUGGCUGUAUCGUCUUCGCCGCCAGCGUCUGUCGCAUUGUCACCCUGCCGCCCGCCGUGGAGUCCGUCGACGUCCUCUACAACUCCUCCACCCUCCUCCUUAUCGCCAGCAUCGAGGAAAACAUCGGCAUCAUCUGCGGCUGCCUGCCGUGCACCAAGGGCACGCUGGCGCACUUCUGGCCGCGCAUCUUCGGCAGCAGCGACCGCUCCUCGCACCUGCACUCGCACACGGCGACGACGACCACCACGCCCAACUUCGUCCACACGGGCGCCGGCCGCAUCACCGGCUACGGCGACCACUCGCACAACCACAGCGUCAAGGUCGUGUCCGCUUCAGGGGGCAGGUGUAGUAGUAGUAGGAAAGGGAGGAAGGGGUCGAUGAUGGACGAGUUCGAGUUGGAGACGGGGUUGGGCGGCGGUGGGGGGUUUGGGGACGAGAGCAGGUUGAUGGACGAAGAGGUCGGGUUUCCGGGCAUCGUGAUGACGAAGGAGGUGACUGUCAAGAGGAGCGCGUCGAUGGGGAAUGAGGAAGGUGGGAUGAGGAGGGUGGCGAGGGAUCUUGAUGCGGUCAGCUCGAUUGGGGAAGAAGUGUCGACAAUGGGGGACGCGGAGAGCGUGGGGAAGGGGAGUAGGAGGAGUUUGUGA